AUGUAAGACGUUCAAGUGGAUCCUGCAGAGCAAUCUGAAGCUUCUACUUAUAAUGAAGUAAAUCAAUCAUUGAUUAAGAAUCAAAACGAAAUUUACAAAAGUAAUUCUCAAAAUACUUUUACUCAAAAGAAAGAUGUGGCUUUACAAAUUGACGACACUCCUCCUUCUAUUAUUGAUUUGAUUCCAUUCUAUUCUCCACUUGGAUUACUUUGCCUCAUGUAUUGUAGUGAUAUUUACUACUAAAAUCCAUUCAUAAUAAUAUGGGUUGGAUUUGUUGCUAUCCCAAUACUUGAUUAUAUUUUGCCAGUUGAUCAUUAUAAUAUACCAGAGAAUAGACUCAAAGCAUUUGAAAGAGAUUGGAGGUUUAUGGUUCCAGUUUACCUUGCCUGGUUUGCUGAUAUUGGAAUAUAUUUUAGUAUCCUAUACUCUGUCAGUAUUGGUUAAGUUGCAUAAACUCCAGCUUCUUUCAUCAUAUAUGCAAUUUCAUAUGCUCAACCUGGAGCAGCAAAUGCCAUUGUUGGCCAUGAAUUAAUACACAGAAAAGAAAAAAUCCAUAAAAUUUUUGGAACUUUAUCAUACUCAAAAAUGUUAUAUUCCCAUUUUCUGAUCUAACAUAUUGUUUCGCAUCACAAAAAAGUUGCAACUCCAGAGGAUCCAUCUAGCGCUAGAAUGAAUGAAUCGCUAUAUGAAUUUUAUUGGAGAGCAAUACCAGCUGGAUAUGUAGAAGUCUGGAAUAUUGAAAAAAUAAGACUUUAAAGAGAAGAUUCAUCACCAUUUAAUCCUUUAAAAAAUAGGAUUCUUCUUUUCAAUAUUCUGCACAUUGUUUAUCUUGGACUUAUAUACAUAAUACUCGGUCUCCAUACUGUUUGCUUUCACUUAGUAUAUUCUCUAAUCGUAACUUUGAUGUUUGAGGCGGUAAACUACCUUGAGCAUUAUGGACUUUAAAGAAAAAAGGAUAGUAAUGGAAACUAUGAGUCUGUUAGCAUCAAACACUCAUGGAAUGCACCUCAAAAGAUUACAAAUUGGAUCACCUUCAAAUUACAGAGACAUUCAGAUCAUCAUGCUUAUGCAUAUAAACCCUAUUAAAUUCUUGACAGUUUCCCUGAAAGUCCUAUGCUGCCAUAUGGUUAUACAGUUUCUUUGAUUUUAUCAAACUUUCCAUACAUUUGGAAAAAGGUUCACAACCCCUUAGCAGAUGCCACAAAUAAUGAUACUAAAAUCUCAGAAGAGUUAAAAAAAGAGCUUGACAAAUGGAUUCUUGGUACACUUAUUGGUGUUUCAAUUAUGCUCUCUUAUAUUACUUUCUUCAUGAUUGGAUUUAAAGAAGCUUGA